AUGGACGCCUUGUCCGGCAAGAAUUCGACAGGUCGCAGAGUGUCUUUGCUAAACGACGGCCCGGCGCCUCCACCCCAACUCGUCCGCCUCCCUUCCAUCACUCCUUCUCUCCAGUCCCGGACCUCGAGUUACUCGUCGCCUGCCGCUUCCCCCCCAACUCCCCGCCUCGUUCGCAGCGACUCGUCCGACUCCAACAUGCAGACACCCUCGCCCAUCACGCCCGACUUUGCCUUUGAGCAGGCCAUGGACUCGCCCGUCUUUUCGCAAAACGGCUUCUUUGCGCCCCCAAAGGACCUGGGCUACCCCUUGCACCCCCAGACAGCACAGCACCCCUAUGCCGCCCAGCCCGGCUACUUCACCAGGCCCGACCACAUUGCCGACCAGCACUCGGAGCCGGCCGCCUUGAACGCCCGCCCCAAGAAGAACAGCUACCCGUGCCCCAUGGCGAAGCAAUACGGCUGCAACGACUACUUCACCACAUCAGGCCACGCGGCGCGCCACGCCAAGAAGCACACGGGCAAAAAGGAUGCCUUUUGCCCCGAGUGCAACAAGGCCUUUACGCGCAAGGACAACAUGGAGCAGCACCGCCGCACUCACCAGACGGGCCGCAACGCAGUAAAGGGCACAGACCGCGACGUGAAAAAGGCCAAGCACCAGGCCAAGCGACCCAAACCGGCGCCGCUGCAGUCGUCGACCAUGCCCUCGCUGUCGUCGCUUUCCAUGGUCGACCCCUCGCUUCCCCUCAGUCCCGGCGCUGCGUCGUACCUGGCUCCCGCGGUACCAACAAGCGACUCGUUCCUUGACUUUGCCCAUCGCUCGCCCUACCCCGACCCGGCUCCCUACAGCUACAACCCCAGCUCGUACGGUGGCCUGGAUGCCCUGGCGAUAGCGGCGAGUGGCGAGAAGCGCAAGUUUGAGUCUUGA